CAAGGGCGGUAACUCGUAUUGACUUCCUGUUUCAAAUAAAUGUGCCUUCGAAUUAAAUUUCUUUUACAAACAAAAAUUAACUACAAUGGAUUUUAAAAGAAAAGCAAUGGAAGGAGCUAUUGUAGCAGUUCCAAAUAAGAAACCUCGUACUGAAAUUGCUUUAGCAACCAAUGGUCAAACAGCCGUAAUGGAAACUGGUCCACCGAGAACAUCUAGUCUGAAUGCACCAAUAAUGUUACUGACGGGUCAUGAGGGCGAUAUCUUUACGAGCAAGUUCUCUCCAGAUGGACAGAUUAUUGCAUCAGCUGGAUUUGACAGACUUAUUUUUUUCUGGACGGUGUAUGGUGAAUGUGAGAACUUUGUUGUGCUCAAGGGUCACACUGGAGCAAUUCUCGAACUACACUUCUCAACAGACGGAAACACGCUGUUCACAGCAUCAACAGACAAGACUGCUGCAGUGUGGGACGUGGAGGUGGGCGUAAGGAUACGAAAGUUGAAAGGUCACCAGACGUUUGUGAACGCCAUCAACCCAGCUCGGCGGGGUCCACAACUCGUGUGCACGGGAAGUGACGACGGGACAGUACGGUUGUGGGAUGCUCGGAAGAAAGGCACGAUACAGACUUUUCAGAGCACCUAUCAGGUGACAGCCGUCAGUUUCAACGACACCGCUGAGCAGAUCUUUUCUGGUGGCAUCGACAACGACCUCAAGGUUUGGGAUCUGCGUAAGAAUGAUGUAUUGUACCGGAUGCGUGGACACUCGGACACAGUCACUGGGAUGGAAAUAAGUCCGGAUGGGUCGUACCUCUUGACAAACGCAAUGGACAACACAUUAAGAAUAUGGGACGUACGGCCAUUUGCACCUCAGGAAAGAUGUGUGAAAAUACUCCAGGGUCAUCAGCAUACAUUUGAAAAGAAUCUCCUGCACUGCGCCUGGUCGCCAGAUGGCAGUAAGGUUGGUACGGGUUCUGGUGACCGGUCGGUGUACAUCUGGGACACAACGUCGAGGAGAAUUCUCUACAAACUGCCCGGCCACGCUGGCUCAGUCAACGAGGUAGAUUUCCACCCGUUCGAACCCAUCGUAUUAUCGUGUUCAAGUGAUAAGAAGAUAUUUCUAGGAGAAAUUGAAUGAUAAAAACUCUGUGUCGUCAUCAUUCAUCAUUGAAUGAUAAAAACUGUCAUCAUCAUUCAUCAUGGAAUGAUAGAAACUGUUGUCAUCAUUCAUCAUGGAAUGGUAAAAACUGUGUGUCAUCAUCAUUCAUCAUGGAAUGGUAAAAACUGUGUGUCAUCAUCAUUCAACAUUGCAAUCAUAAACAGUGAUCAUUCACAUGAACGUUUUACUGCCAAGACUUGUUGUGCCUUCCCUCACAUAGGUUGGUUUACACUAGUCUACAAGAGCUAGAUCUGGACGAGCACAACAUUUUGCCAAAUUAUCCAUGAAACUUCAAUAACAGUAAAAACUCACAAAAUCAUAAAAUAACAAUAAUUACUUUUAAAUUUUUUCGCCAAAUUAAAAUAAGAUUCGCCAGUUGUUUUUAAAAUUCGCAGUUGGCGAAUUUGGCAAGUGGCAGAGCUAGCCCUGUAUACAUUUGUCGUGAAUAUUUACAUAUUUCACUGCUAUUCCACCGUGAGCGCCGGCGAAAGAUACUUGUUUUGUAAGAGUCAAACCACCUAAGUGUGCCCAUUCUCUGAUUGAUUGUUUUUUCCUGUUCCAACUAGUACACCAUGACCGGUAUAAUAAAGGAAAUGAUACAGUGGCGGACCCAGAAAACCCAGUGACAUGAGGUGGAAUGCCGAGGGAACUUUGGGGGAGGUUUGGAGGGGGAUCGUAAAAAAAAAAAAAAAAAUAUAUAAUAAAAUUAUAACUAUUGCAAAAUUUAGGGGGGCCCGGGCUCCUGGGGCUCCCCCCCCCUAGAUCCGCCUCUAUAAUAUGUGCAGUCUCGUCUGGAAAAGUGCAUAUAAAAGAGCCCUUGUUGCUGUUAGACAACUGUAGUGCGUCGUCUAAGACUACAAGUCAUAAUUACUAAAUGUUUCAGGAACAGUUAUUUUCGAAAAAAUAGAAAGAAAGAAGUGUUUUAUUUAACGACGCACUCAACACAUUUUAUUUACGGUUAUAUGGCGUCAGACAUAUG